UGUCUGUAAUGUCAGCGGAACAGGAGAAGGACCCCAUCGCGCUGAAGAGAUCCCGAGGUGGUGACAGUGGAUUGGAUGGGUUAGGAGGACCAGGAGUACAACUUGGAAGCCCUGAUAAGAAAAAGCGCAAAGCAAAUACACAGGGAUCAUCAUUUCCUCCUCCAUCUGAAUAUGCUCCACCGCCGAAUCCAAGCUCUGACCACCUUGUAGCUGCAAAUCCGUUUGAUGACAACUAUAACACUGUGUCUUAUAAACCACUUCCUUCAGGAAAUCCAUAUUUUAGUAAUCCUGGUUAUCCUGGCUUUGGAGGCUAUAACACUUUCAGAAUGCCACCUCACAUGCUGCCCAGAGUGUCCUCGCCAUAUGGUGGUUCUUACUCCCUCAGAAACCAACCACAUCCCCUUCCUCAAAACCCUGUGGGAAUGGGUUUUAGUCGACCCCACUCCUUCAGCUUUGGUCCACAUGAUAACCCAGGUUUUGGGAAUCAACCACCUUAUAGUAGUGGUCAGAUAAAUCAAAAUGUCAAUAUGCCUGGUCAGAAUUUCAGACCAAAUCCUGGUGAGAACUUUGGCCAUUCUGGUCAGAUACCUCACCCUGAUGUGCCAUCUAACUUUGGUCCUGGAAACAAUCCAAAUUUCCCAAAUUCUCAGCUAGAGUCAAACCAUUCUUUUGUUCCUCCACCAAACACGUACAACCAGACAAAAUCGUCAGCACAAAAGCAAGACUUUAGUCAAGGUGCAAGCAAAGCAUCCAGCCAGAACACUGCUGCUCAUCAGCAUCAUCACAGGACAGAGGACAUUGUGAGUCAAGGUAACAGUGACCUAAAAAAUGUUACUCGAAACAAUGUGGUAAAUCAGGAUAAUAGCCAUUCUAAUAGUGCUGAUAACACUAAUGCUGGCCAUUCAAAUGGGACUCAGAGUAAGUCCCGCCAGCCUCGAGGUACUGCUGAAGGAUGCAACUCUGAAAAGAGCAGCAAAACACCCCUUCAUCCCAGUCGUCAUGGUCACUCGUCCUCUGAACCCGUCUAUCCAUGUGGAAUUUGUACACAUGAAGUUAACGAUGACCAGGAUGCCAUCCUGUGUGAAGCCUCUUGUCAAAAAUGGUUUCAUCGGAUCUGUACAGGCAUGACUGAGUCAGCUUAUGGCCUUCUUACAGCAGAAGCAUCCGCAGUGUGGGGUUGUGAUACUUGCAUGGCUGACAAAGAUGUCCAGUUAAUGCGUACAAGAGAGACUGCAGGACCACCUGCAUUGAAUACGGAUGGCUAACAACGUGAUUUGGUGGUAGUGGUUGAAAUACUUGCUGUGAAGAUUUGGUUACAAAUUGGGUACUUCACUUUCUGCAGACAAUCAGUUGUGUUUGAUUGUCAUCUUUUUUUCCCUAAUCUGUUUUCAUUCAUAAACUUCCAUCUCAGCUUUUCUACUCUUAAUGUGUGCAAAUGUUUUACAGGAUGGAAUAUUUUUUUGUUUCUGAUUAAACUGUAAAACAUAACUGACAACUGAUCAGGAGUAGGAUGUGCAUUGACAAUUUUAUUGAAGGCAAAA